AUGGCAGCAUGGCUUUCAGUCCCUCACAAGAAGAGACGUGCCCGGAAAAAACCACUUAAAAAGCACACCGACGACUGCACGAACGUGCGCGCCUGGGUGUUUUCCACACAGAUCCCCCACCGGGGAACGGUGUGGACCUGUGUGUCGGUCCAGUGUCCGACCGCACGGACGGCACAGGAGAUCGGCUUCUUCGUGGGUGGCCAGUUGCCACCGUUGGGGCGGCCACUGAGCAUCCAGGAGGCGGAGGAGCACAUCUUUGGCUACGUGCUGAUGAAUGACUGGUCUGCACGAGAUAUCCAGGCCUGGGAGUAUGUGCCCCUGGGCCCCUUCGGCGCCAAGAACUUCGGCACCACCAUCUCCCCAUGGAUCGUCAGCCCCGACGCGCUGGAGCCCUUUGUGUGUUCCACAUCGGCGGAGAAGCAAACCGAUCCUGAGCCACUGCCCUACUUGAAAGAAGAAGCGGGUGAAGCGGAACAGCGGCACAACGUGCGCCUGACGGCGGAAUCCAUCAAACGCCUGAACUCCACGAAGAGCUUGAAGGAUCUCACGCCGGUGGAGUCCCAACGCAUCGAUCUCACCACGAGUUCCUCCACGGGGGGCGUCGAAUGGAGCUUCGGGCCUCAUCCGCCCACGGUGUGCCACAAGGUUCCGCCGGAACGGCCGGGACCGGGCGCCUACUACCGAGCCGAUUUGGACCGGCAAGAGAGCGCAAAGCCAGCUUUUAGUCUUGGCGCUUCUGCGAACGAUCUGGGCGGAUGCCCCGUGGAGCUUUGGCACUGCACUCACUGCGAGAAGAAGACCAAAGAGACAUGGACGCCUCCAGUGGACGCGAAGGGUGUGAAUCAAAGACCCAAAGAAUGUGCCACAAAGGGAUGUGUUUAUUUGGCGGCGCCCAACCGAGCCUAUUGCUGCUGUUCCUGCAGCAAGGUGACGCCGGCGCCCGGCUACAUGCCUCCCAGCCCCCAGCGCUUGGACUUGAAGAGCACCUUGGAUGGGGUAGACUUUGUCAAGGGCAACAGCUGGGUGAAGCCCGAAAAGAAAGACAAGGAGAAGGAGAAGAAGGACCCAGGCCCUGGCCACUUCGACCCCCGCUACAGUGCCGUGACCCGCUCGGCGCCCAGCAUCGGCUUCGGCUCCGGAAGCCGCUGGCGCGAGAUCAAGCGGCUGCCGAAGCGUGAGAAGGGCCCUGGACCGGCUGGGCCAGGGCCUGGGGAGUACAACCAGAGUACCUUGAGUGGAAAUAAGAUGAAGAACUCCACUGCGGUGACCAUCAAGGGCCCUUGGCCAGAUCGUGGGCGUCCCAACAGCAAGCCUGGGACGCCCAACAACGCGACCAACGAGGAGGAAGUGGUCGAGGCCCUUGCUCCGGUCUCGCGCUUCUACAAAGAGGUUCAUGGCCACACCGCGUGGAUAAAGGGCAUCAGGAACUAUAGCUCCUAUGAUAUCAAGCUGGCCGUGGAUUUGCACACCCCCAGUAGCUCUGAGAAGGUCGUGACCACCAUCACAGAGUCCAACUUUCGACAUAUGUACUGGACACCGCGGCAGAGUCUUGGGCUCCAUAAGACCGUGAAGAGGACCGGAGAGUGCUGGGACGGAGUAGGAUCAUGGCGCCGGGACAGUUUGACCACCGAGAAUGAACAGAAUAGACUACCUGGGAGGUCAACGUACCCUGGUUUGGGACUUGAAGGUUUGGAUCCACAGCCAUUUGGGAUUGAUGAACACUAUGAAGGAUCGAUGAAGGCUCCGGGCUGUGAAUGUUCCGCAAUGUUCCACAUCUGCGGAGUCUUUCUUGUGCAUCGUGUGUGUGUGCGGACGACGUGUCCUAGCUCAUUUGCGUGUUCUUGUGGUGAAUCAGGAGUUCGGAGUUCUAUGACAGAAUUAGUCCUUUGA